AAGGAUGCCGACAAAGGUGAAACGUUCAACAAAUAUUAUAGAGGCUAAGAUAAGAGUAGACGAGGCUGCGGUUCAUGUAAAAAGUGAAAAUUACAAUGAAGCUAUGCUUUUAUAUAAUCAGGUAAAUAAAUACAAUUGUAGAUAAAUAAUAAGCGUAAUAUCAUAAGCGUUUUAAUCUCGGGAGUAAGGAAGAAUAAUAAAAAUAAAAUGACAGUGACAAUUGAUAAUGAGAAAAUGAAGAAAAAGAAAACAAAUAGAAUUGUACAAAAAAAAAAAAAAGAAAAGAAAAGAAAAGAAAAGAAAAGAAGAAGAAGAAGAAGAAGAAGGAAGGAAAAAAAGAGAAACUAAAAAAAAAUAAAAUGUUUGAAUUUAUAUUAAUGAUACAAAAUGUGUCACGAACAGAUUAAUCGUCGAUAAAUUAAAUUACAAUGAAAUAAUAAGAAAUAAAUUAAUUACAAAUAAUAUUAUAAAUUUGACGUAUCUAUGUGAGAAAGGAAAAAAAUAAGAUAAGAUAAAUAAAUAUAUUUAAAGAUUUAACAAAAAUAUAUUAAAAAUGAUUAAAAGGACAUAAAAUACAACAAUUUUCUCAAUUAAUGAAUGAUCAUUAAACAUCAAUUAUAUAGAAUAUAUAUUUACCCUUUCGUGAGUAACAGUAUCACUUAAACGUAACCCAGAAGGGUGUCCAAUAGCUACUGAUUUUGGAAUAGAAGGUGCAAGGCUAUUUAAGGAAAAUUCAUAUAUGUAUGUAUAUACUUAGUUACACGUCACAUAUAGGGACGUGUGGAAUAUGACGUGUUGUUGACUGUUUCUAAGGCAACAAGCCACCUGUAAAGGUGUCGAUAAUCACACGUACCAAUGGUUUUAACCCACAGGUGUAUUAUGGAGUAUCGUGUUAAUUGUACAAAAUGGUUCUUGGCUAGAUAAAUUCGUUUGUUGUAUUUUAAUAAUUAAUUUAUAAUAUAGAAAAUUAAAUAUCGCGUAUUUAUUAUGUAUACGUGGCGUAUUUAACUUUUAAAGGAAAAAAGAAAAAAGAAAAAAGAAAACAUUGUGUAAAAAAAUAUUAUUACUAAGAUACAAGUAAAGUAAACGAGUAAUACGAAGAAGAAAAAAGAAAAAAGAAAAUGAGUGAGAUAAAUAACGAGUAUAAUACAUCAAUAUUUAAUUCUGUGGAAUUACAAGUAAACGAUAUAUUAAAUCCUACGUUACACGAACACAGUCUUUUACAAAGUUUCGUAAGUAUUGGCGUCGAUGAUAUUGAUACGAAGGAAUCCAACGAAGAAUUUAAGAAUGUAAAUAAGAAAAUACAUACGAGGCAUUGCCUUGGAAAAAAUGAAGAAAAUGAUGAUGUUGAUAAUCGAGAAUCGGCUGAUGGUGGUGAUACAAAUAAAAUAAAAAAAACGAAUAAACGAUUUAUACGAAAAACUGAUACAUCAUUCAUACAAGUUCAAGUGCAAAUGCAUAAAUCUCGAAUAAAACAGAGAAACAAUGUUACUCAACGUCAGGAAGAAGUUUAUACGGAUAAAGAUCGUGCCGCUGCCGUUAAUAUGGGCAGCAAAGAUAUUAAACAAUCCUUAAAGCAAAAAAAGCGAUUAGACCGUAUUAAAAGCCCAUUACUUUCAGAUGUGGCAGAGCCGGGUUCUAUUUUAGAAUUAGGAAAACGAGAAAUGCGACUUGGCAAUGUCAAUGUCGCAUUUAAUUUUAUAAAUAAGGCAUUGGAAUUGAGUCCUAAUGAUAUUAACGCAUUGAUAGCACGAAGCAGAUGUUAUCUUUUAUUGGGCAAUCCACAAAAUGCAUUGCAGGAUGCUGAAACUGCAUUGCAAUGUAAAUUAAAAGAUUCGAUAAAUGCUCGUGCGGUCUAUUAUAAAGCCGAAGCUUUAUAUUAUCUUGGAGAUUUUGAGAUGAGUCUGGUAUAUUAUUAUCGUGGAAUGAGAAUGAGACCAGAAUUUGGACAAUUUCGACUGGGAGUACAGAAAGCGAAAGAUGCGAUACGAAAUAUAUUAAAUCAUGAUUAAACAGUAAUUAUUGUAAUAUUUAAUUUUAAUUAUUAUAUCUGUUUUUUAUAAAAUUUAGAAUUUAAUUACAUCUUAUUCGAAACAUUUGUUCAUAGUAAUGUACGUUCGACGAUUUGUUUGAUUGAAUUGUUUUAAUAAUAGAAUGCCUAUGUAAAGACAAUUUCUAUCGACAGAUAAUAUUUACAUGCACACGUGAGAAGAACCCCUGCAGGUAGAUAACCGUAUAUACAUAUAUGUAUAUCCUAUCGACGAUUGAAAUUCAAAGCUCUAUUUGUAAUAUCAAAAUCAAUUUUGAAUCUAUGACUGUUGUAGUAUGCUAUAUAAUUUUUAUAUAAGUAAGAUGCACAAUUCAAUUAAAAGAAUUACAUGCAUAUUAGUGCGAAUUAAACUAUAUGUAACUUUAUAACAUUUUUAAUAAAAUUAAAUUUAUAAUAAAAAAAAGUUUCUCUAAAUGUAUAUAAAAUAUUAUUUACUUAUAUUAAGGUACAUGUAUAUCGUAUUAUUAAGAUGUAUAUUUCGUGAAUUAGAAUCUACUUUAAGAUGAAUAAAAUAUUCAUUCAAAGAUGUACGUUGUUUGAAAAAUUAAUGUUAGAUUAUUUCCUUUAGAAUCAAUAAUCCAUAUGUGAUAAUAUAAUUUUUAAAUUUGGUGCAAACGAAACUGACCUAUCUAGAUGGCAGGUGAAAUGUUUUUCUUUGUAGUAUACUAUGGUAACAUGCGUCAAUAAAAUCGAAGUCCCAAACAACAUUUAUAUCGAAUAUAUCAUAUUUAAAUAGAAUAGAAAAACGAUUCUAGCAAUGAUUGGAAAACAAAUAAUUGGAGCUAAUUUUAAUAAAUUUAAUUGCUAAAGCUGAUAAUGAUCUUUCGGUUUUAAAGAUUCAUUAUCCAAGCUUGCAUAUGUACAUAUGUAUAUAUAGAUAUAUUAAAUUAUUAGCAUUGAAAUAAUAGAGGAAGACUUCACAUAGAUAAAAAGAAUUCCUCUUUAAGGCUUUUUUUUACGAACUUUAGAACUUCAACGACAAGUAUGGGCAAAAUUUGAAUAACAAGCGCGAAAGGAGAACAAUGCGUAUAUGAAAACAAUUAAAAAUCAAUGAGAAUAAUGAAGAAAUUAAAAUCUUUCAGAGCGUUUAUCUAAGGAAUUAUUUUAGAGGUCUAUAAUAUUAUUUCUGCUUAUCUUUAAUAAUUAAUUUAUCUACUGAAAUAUGAUUAGGAAUGUAAAUAUUUUAAUUUUCAAUUAAAAUUAGACAGAAAAGAUUUUAGAAAAGCAAUAUGCAGCCAUUCGCCCAGUAGUACUUGCGCUAUAUAAUUUAAAAUAAGAUUUCGAUAAAUCGCAAGUAUUACCGACCCAGGUC